GAUAUAUAGAAGAAGCGAUGAAUAAAAAUCAAUGGAUGAGAAGAGAGGGGAAGGAGAAGAAGAGAGCAGCGAGAGGUGGAAGAUGGCAAACUUCGUGGCAUUUCCCGACGAGAUUCCGACGAUGAGUAGUUCAAGUCUGAUGAGCUUCCCUCAACCUCCUACUUUCUCAUCAAGCAUCUCCGACAUGAUGAUGAUGACAACGCCUUCAUCGGAGAACGAUUACAAGCCUAAUUACUCCUCCGCCUUCAUGGACCUGCUCAAUCUGCAAGAUUACAGUCCUUCUUUGUUCGAUUGCCUCCCUUCCUCCGCCACUCACCACCACCCUCUUCCGUCGCCGGCGAGCUCCAACGUCCCGGAAUCCUCCGAGGUCUUGAAUACUACUCCGGCCUCCCCCAAUUCUUCCUCCAUCUCGUCUUCCUCCAAUGAAACCCCCCUUGCCGAUCACACCAUCAUCGACCAACCCCACACUAGUGGUAAACAAGAACCUGACGAUGAAGAGCACAGGGAUGCAGCCAAAGGAGGCGACCUCGAUCAACAAAAGACUACGAAACAGCUGAAGCCGAAAAAGAAGAACCAAAAGAAGCAAAGAGAGCCCAGAUUUGCGUUCAUGACAAAGAGCGAAGUCGACCAACUCGACGAUGGCUAUAGGUGGCGCAAAUAUGGCCAAAAGGCUGUCAAAAACAGCCCCUAUCCCAGGAGCUAUUAUCGUUGCACCACCCCUGGUUGCGGCGUGAAGAAGCGGGUGGAGCGGUCGUCGGAGGACUCGUCGAUCGUGGUGACGACGUACGAGGGACAGCACACGCACCCGAGUCCGGUGACGACUCGGGCAAGUGUCGGGUUCGGACCCGCGAGGGCUAGUUGUGGCCUGCUCGGUUCGCCACAACAGUAUGUGGUGCCACCACAAGCACAGCAUCAGCAUCAGCAUCUAAGUAAUCAUCUUCAGGAACAAGACCAUGUGCAGGCACAGGACGAUGCUUUGUUGUAUAAUAGCGCAUCCCCACUACUUCCUUUGAGCAUUACCAAUCCGACGUCGUCUUCCUCGUCGUUUUCCAGCUUCCGUCAUCAUCAUCGUCUUCUAGGUUUUGGACCAUCGUCCACGACGGCGGCUUCUUCUCAAGCUAAUUUGUCAAGGGACAAUGGCCUGCUUCAGGACAUCAUUGUGUCAACUCAGAUGAGGAAGGAGGAGGAGAAAGAGGAAGUAAUAAGAGAAGAAUAGUUGAUCGAUCACUGCAUGGAAGAUUAAACUAUAUAUAUAACAUAUUUGGGGUUUCCGAUGUAACAUUGUUAAUUUUUCAUAUGUGUCUGUAUGAUUGGUGAUGUAUAUUGAUGGAUCUGACUGCUGAUCGGUGACGCUUGUUGUGGGGGAAGUCUAGAGUUUAGAGCUCACUGUGUAUUGUAGCAAAUGGGAAUGAGCCUUUGGAGGCUCAUGAUAACGUACGUGACAAGUAGUUCUAGCUUGUAGCUAGGCUUGCGGAGGAGGCUUUGAUUUUUUGAUUUUUUUUAAUUUCUUCUUUCCUCCCUUGCGGGGUUAAAUGUCUUGAUUAUUAUUCUUCGAAACUAGCUACAAUAUUUAUUGCAGGCA